GCCUCUCAGAGCUUACCCUUUGGACCAUUUUAUCAGUUUCUUAAAUCCUUAGCAUGAAACUCAAAUUGGUCCAAUCCAAAAUGGAUUCCAUUUUCAUGUGCCAUUGUUUUCUAUUGUUUACUAUAUUGCAAACAGUUUUUGUUACAACUCUUGGAGAUAGUGAAACAGAUUCCUAUUGGCUUCUGAGAAUCAAAUCAGAACUUGUUGAUCCAUUAGAAGUCAUGAGAAACUGGUCUCCAAGAACAAAUCCGUGUAGCUGGAAUGGAUUAACAUGUGAAGAAGUGGAUGAUAAUGAUGAUGAUGAGACACAUGUUGUAGGCUUGAAUCUUUCUAGCUCAGGAAUUUCAGGUUCUAUCUCUGUUGAUUUCAGCAACCUCAUUCAUCUUCAAGAGCUUGAUUUUUCUUCGAAUUCUCUCACCGGAUGCAUCCCUUCUGAGCUUGGAAAUCUUCAAAAUCUAAGAACAUUGCUACUUUACUCAAACAAUCUAUCUUGUAAAAUUCCUGCAGAGAUAGGUAAUUUGAACAAGUUGCAAGUUCUUAGACUUGGAGAUAACAUGCUGAAAGGCGAAAUUCCGAAUAGCAUUGGAAAAUUGAGUGAGUUGAAAGUGUUGGGACUGGCCAAUUGCAACCUUAAAGGAAGCAUACCAACUGAGAUUGGUAACUUGAAGCAUCUAACAACACUUGAUUUGCAGGUUAACAGUCUUAGUGGCAUCAUACCCCAAGAGAUUCAAGCUUGUGAAGAGCUCGAAAAUUUCGCAGCAUCGAACAACAUGCUUGAAGGAGAGAUACCCUUUUCUAUAGGGUCACUCAAAACAUUGAAGAUUCUGAAUUUGGCUAAUAACAGUUUAUCUGGUUCAAUCCCUUCAUCAUUGAGUAGUCUUUCAAACUUGACAUACCUGAAUUUGCUUGGAAACAAAUUGAAUGGCGAAAUUCCUUCAGAACUCAAUGGUUUGAGCCGGCUGCAGAAGCUUGACUUGUCCAGAAAUAACCUCUCUGGAUCACUGACACUCCUUAACAGCAAACUACAGAAUCUUGUAACUAUGGUUCUGUCGGAUAAUGCUUUAACAGGUAGUAUCCCAAGUGGCUUCUGCUUCAGAGGUUCAAAACUUGAGCAGUUGUUCGUGGCAAGGAACGAGCUAUCUGGGAAGUUUCCAUUGGAGAUACUCAACUGCUCCUCGAUUCAACAGUUAGAUCUUUCGGAUAAUCGCUUCAACAGAGAACUUCCCUCCGAUUUGGACAAACUACAGAACCUCACAGAUCUUGUGUUGAAUAACAACAGUUUCACCGGUUCUCUGCCUCGAGAAAUCGGAAAUAUUAGCACCUUACAAGGUCUUUUCUUGUUUGGCAACUUCUUCUCAGGAAGAAUUCCAGAUGAGAUUGGAAGACUACAGAGAUUGAACGCCAUUUACCUUUAUGAUAAUCAGAUGAAUGGACCUAUACCAAAAGAGUUAACAAACUGCACAAGCCUAAGGGAAAUAGACUUCUUUGGAAACCAAUUUUCUGGGAACAUACCAGAGAAUAUUGGUAAGCUUAAGGACUUGGUUGUUCUCCAUUUAAGGCAGAAUGAGUUUUCAGGUCCAAUUCCUUCAAGCAUGGGACACUGUAAGAUGCUACAGUUGUUGGCAUUAGCAGAUAACAGGUUUUCAGGUUCAAUACCUUCCACAUUCAGUUACCUUUCAGAACUUAGUACCAUUACCCUUUACAAUAACUCAUUUGAAGGACCUCUUCCUAAUUCACUCUUUCUUCUCAAGAACCUAAAGAUCAUUAAUUUCUCACACAACAAGUUCAGUGGAAGUUUGUUUCCUCUCACUGGCUCAAAUUCUCUCACUGUUUUGGACUUAACCAACAACAGCUUCUCGGGUCCAAUCCCUUCUAGUCUAGCAGAGUCGUCGAACCUCGUUCGUAUCCGGCUCGCGCAGAAUUGCCUUACAGGAAGCAUUCCUUCUGAAUUAGGCAAGCUUUCAGCUCUCAACUUUCUUGAUCUGUCAUUCAACAAUUUAACAGGGGAUGUGCCACCACAACUCUCACUGUGUCAUAAUAUCGAACACCUUCUGCUCAAUAAUAACAGAUUCACUGGUCAAAUAUCUUCAUGGUUGGGAAGACUGAAAGAGCUUGGUGAAUUAGACCUCUCAUUCAAUGACUUCCAUGGCAAGGUACCUAAUGAGAUUGGUGAAUGCUCAAAUCUACUUAAGCUUUCUCUCCAUCACAACAAUCUCUCAGGUGAAAUCCCUCAUGAAAUUGGAAACCUCACUUCUCUCAAUGUCUUGAACUUGCAAAGUAAUAGCCUCUCUGGCCUCAUUCCAUCAACAAUUCAACAUUGCACAAAGCUUUAUGAGCUAAGGCUCUCACACAACUUCUUAACUGGUAAUAUACCAUUUGAGCUAGGAGGGGUAACUGAGCUGCAAGUAAUAUUGGACCUAAGCAGAAACCAAUUUUCUGGGGUGAUUCCAUCAUCCAUUGGAAACCUAAUGAAGCUUGAAAGACUUGAUCUUUCUUUCAAUGAACUUGAAGGUGAAGUUCCUCCUUCACUUGGCAAACUCACAAGCCUCCAUGUUUUGAACCUCUCAAACAACCACCUUCAUGGCAAGAUUCCUUCAACAUUUUCACAGUUUCCAAUGAGUUCAUUCCUCAACAAUGAUGCCAACUUGUGUGGACCACCAUUAUUGGUUUCUUGCAAAGAAUCUUCUAGUGAGAAAAUUCAGAUGUCAAACACAGAAGUGGCAGCAAUAAUAGUUGCCAUUGUUUUCACUUCAACAUUGAUAUGCUUAGUGAUGUUAUAUUUAAUGUUGAGAAUCUGGUGCAAUUGGAGAAAAGUAGCUAUUGUUUCAAGUGAAGAAGUUGAUGAGAAUCAUAAGAAGGAAGAGAGCAUUAGAUUCUGCUUUUCUGAUCAUAACACAAAGAAUGGAGAGUAUUUGAAUAUGAACUCCAAUGAUGCUACCUCUUUUUCAUUUUAGUCUCUGAAAAAAUAGUAUUUUUA